CUUGUUACUAUCGUUAAAGCCUAAAUAUUUUCAAAAUGGCUGCGCCCCGUGUACCACAAAUUAUCCGUCGCAUGAGUUUAAAAUUGGCUUCAGUUGGGCGUGAAAGAGUUUUAGGAAAUGUGGCGACAACAUUUCAAAAGUUACAUCCCCGCUGCCUCAGAAAUUAUACAACCCCGCAGGGCCAGUCUUCAACACUGCACUCGACGGAAUCAACAUCCCCAAAAUGGCAACUGGUGAGCGCUGUUUGUCUGGAGCGGUACCCCGUCGUGUCCCAGGAUCGUGUUGGAAUCGAGCAAGAAUACGGGAACCUGCUGGAAACCGUUGAACUGGAGAACAGUCUUCUUUCUGAACACGAGCUGCAGGUUGCUCAGCACAAAGAGAGGAUGCUUAAGAAGCAGAGCGGUGUUCUUGAAGAUGAUGAUGAUGAGAGGGAGCUAGUCACAGCCCUGGAUCUUGAGGAUCAGUACACUGAGGAAUUCAAUAAGUUCACUCCAGCUAGUAGGACAUCAGACACUGAAGACAUGCAGAGCGUUCAGCGCAAGUUAAUGGAUAAACUGGUGCUUCUCGUGAAGUGCAGGGUUGGAGACAGAAGCCUAUGGAUGAUGCCGCAGGACACCAGACAAGAUGGAGAGACAAUGAGACAGGCAGCAGAGCGUGUGCUGUUAUCCCAGUGUGGAAUGCAAGAAAUGUGGAGAUCUCGUUUGUUUGGCAAUGCACCAAGUGCCUGCUUCAAGUAUGUCUACCCUCCUGAUGUACAAGAAGACAGAAAACACAAAGGAGCAAAGAUAUUCUUCUACAAGGCCAGAUUGAUGUCAGGAGACAUCAAGAUCAACGCAAACAUCAGUGAGGACUAUGCAUGGGUGGCACCCGGUGAAAUGGACAAGUAUCUCAUUCCGUCCUAUCUGGAUACAGUACGGAAGUUCAUUGUGCCCAUCAAAUCACUUGAACAGGUCUAACACGGACUCUUGUGGUUAUUAGACUCUGUACGCAAGUACCCCGCCCUCAAUGGUGAAAAUGACAACGCACCAAUAUGGAGCUACUUGAGUGCUUUUGCCACCGUAUUAAAAAACUCGGGUGUGUUUUGCCAUCAGAUGAAAAUUAGGGAGCAUUGGGAAAUUCAGGUCGGGAAAUUCAACAAAAUCUGAUCGCUGGAUUGUAAGUCUUCUCUUCGUCAUGGAGCAAAAGAUCAAUUAACUGCAAGAAAAUCUUGGAUAAUGUACAAACCGGCAGUGUUACUGUUAGGGUGACUACUAUUUCAAUGAUUAAACCCAUCAGCACCUGUACGGUACUACAUUGUAUUAAAUUGUGUUUAUUCACUGAAGAAUAUAUAAAACCGUGAAGUGCUCGGGCCCUAAAAUGGGCAGGGUGCUUUUGGGUGUUACAGUGACUAAAGGGUUAAAGAGUGAUCAAAGAUGCCAUGUGCCUCUCAUAGAAAAAAAUACCCGUCUGUGUUAAGAGAUGUGUUAUGUAAGCUUUGGAAGGCUAAAAGGUCUUUUAAAUAAAAAUCUGUCUUGUGUUCAGUGUCAUUUUGGCCUUGAAAUAUUAUUUGUGCACCAAUUGCCUUUUCAUGGACUAAAAUGUCCACAGCCUAAAAAUUAAUUUAAAAAAACCAACCCCCACCCCCCCCCCCCCAAAAAAAAAUGGCCACAAAAUGAUACGACAGGUAAUGACAAUUAUGGAAGAUAACUAUCUUCACCCGUAAGUUGCUUUUUUUAAUUACAAAUUCGUCUCAGUAAAGCUUGUAUUAUAUACAAAGUUGACAUUUAUACAUACAUGCGACCUCAACUAAUGCUCUAAAAGAAUCUAUCAAACGUGUAAAAGGAUAUUUUUCUCCUUCUUACAUUGGAAAAACAGGUUUCAAUAAAACAACACCGUGGAGGACUCAAUAUGAAAUAAUCAAAAUCGUCAUCAAUUAAUGCGUAAACCAAAUUGUUUUUGUGGAGGGGAUCCGCAUAUAGAAUUAGUUGGAGUUAAAAUUGCUUUUAACUUAAACAUCAAUAGGUACAUGGACAAAAAAAUUCAUGUAUCCUUUCUUGUGAUAUUUUGGAAGUUAAGGUUUUCUUUUAUGGCUUUCACACAAACAACAAAACAUGAUGCGAUAAUCAAAGAAACAAAUUCCAUUGGUAAUUUUUUUUCGUUUAUGCUAUAUAACACCACAUCCUGUUCAUCUUUGCUAAUAAUGGAAUGAAAUUAACUGCAACGUAUUCAGAGAUUUUUUUAAUGCAUCUUUGAAAAGAAAGCUGCAAGGGCGGACUUAAAUUACAAAAAUGCAAAACCACCUGCAAACUAUCCCUGGAGAUUUAUCAAUAUA